UAUCGUUUUCUAACAUGAAUAAAAUGAAUAAUGCAUUUAUUACUACACUGUAGUGCAAUGUUAACAUAUGAAUUGCUUUAAUAGAUUAUAUUUACCGUGUAGAUUAGUCAUAACCGGUGCUAAUAGACUCGUUAAUCCAUCAGUUACAUUUAUUCAGAGUUCCACGCAUAGAAGCUUUUUAUUUCCUUGUAUAGAGACUUUACAAGUCAGAACCAUGGCUCAGAAGAGUAUUAUGUCGUUCUUUAAAAUCACGCCAAAGAAAGACGCUGAAAUUAAGAAGGAGAAACCUGAAAAUGACACAUCACUUGAAGAUGCAGAAAUGAUAGAGCCGUCACCAGUCCAAAAUGGAAAGGCCAAGCGUUCCUCCAAAAGGCAACGGUUAGAGAGCAGCAGCAGUGAGUCACAGUCUCCGGAGAAGGAGAGUCCACCAACGUCUGUAACGAAGAAGAAGGUCAAAAGACAGCGAAUAGAAAGCUCAGAAAGUGAAUCAGAACCCACAAAAUCACCUGAAAAAUCACCCGAGAAAUCACCUAAGAAGUCUCCAGAGAAGUCACCGGCAAAGUCAACAGAGGCUUCACCAGUACCGUCUCCAGUGAAAGAGAUAAAGAUAGAAAAGACUGAGAAUGUCAAGACUUAUCAGUCACCGAAGAGUAAGAAGGCAAAAGGGAAGAAGGAGACAAAAAAUGAAAAUAUUGCUAAAAAGGCAAUCAAAGAAGAAAAAUCACCAUUACCUAAGACGAAGUCAGUAAAAGUAGAGAAAUCGCCUCUUAAAGAGAAUGGAAAGGACAAAACUCCAGAGAAAAAGAAAGAAGUUAAAGAUGUUAAAAAAGAAGUUAAGAAGGAAAAAGAAGGAGAACUAGUUCCAGAAACAGAAUACGACCCAACGAAGUCCAAAUACCACCCAAUCAAGGAUGCCUGUUGGGCGCCGAAGCAACCUGUCCCAUACUUGGCAUUGGCCAAGACACUUGAAGCUAUUGAGGCAAUAUCAGCAAGGUUGAAAAUUAUAGAGAUACUCAGUAACUACUUUAGAUCGGUUAUAGUUCUGACGCCAGAAGAUUUGUUGCCGAGUGUGUAUCUGUGUCUGAAUCAGAUCGCUCCUGCGUAUCACAGCUUGGAGCUUGGCAUAGCAGAAACCUACCUAAUGAAAGCCAUAGGCCAGUGCACCGGCCGAACUCUGGCCCAGAUGAAAGCAGCGGCCCAAAAGACCGGAGACCUGGGUGCCGUGGCUGAACAAGCCAGAUCUACACAAAGAACCAUGUUCACACCACCACCUUUGAAGGCUAGAGCUGUCUUCAAUGCUUUGAAAGAAAUCGCUGGGAUGACUGGUCAAGCUUCGGUAACAAAGAAAAUAGGCAAAAUCCAGUCUCUGUACGUCGCUUGCCGGUUUUCCGAAUCCCGAUACUUAAUACGGUCUUUAGAAGGAAAGUUACGAAUCGGUCUAGCAGAACAGUCAGUUCUACAGGCGCUUGCGCAAGCAGCCGCCACGUCUCCACCUGGGUCUGAUGUACUGGACGCUAGCCAGGGACUGUCGACCGCAGAGUUCAAGGCUAUAGUCGACGAGCAAGCCCUCAUAAUAAAAACCACGUACUGUGAGUGCCCUAACUACGAGAUGAUCAUCCCCGUACUAUUGGAACACGGGGUAAAGGCGCUGCCACACCACUGCAGGCUGACGCCGGGCAUACCCCUCAAGCCUAUGUUGGCACACCCUACUAAAGGCGUGCAUGAGGUGCUCAAUCGCUUCGAAGGCACGCGGUUCACCUGCGAGUACAAAUAUGACGGCGAGCGAGCUCAGAUACACGUACCGAAAACUGAAACUGAGGGGAAAGAGGUCGCUGACCUGGCCAAAGCCUCUAUCUUCAGUAGAAACCAGGAGAAUAAUACUACGAAAUACCCUGAUAUCCUCCAGCGUCUACCUUCACUCCUAAAAGCAGAAGUAUCUAGCUGCGUGCUAGAUUGCGAAGCCGUCGCUUACGACACGGUCAACAAGCAGAUACUGCCUUUCCAGAUCUUAUCCACCAGAAAGCGUAAGGACGCUUCGGCAGCCGACAUCAAGGUGCAAGUGUGUGUGUUUGUCUUCGACCUGCUCUAUCUAAACGGGCGCGCUCUGGUCAGAGAGCCUUUAGAGGAGAGGAGGAAACUGCUCAGAGAAAACUUUAACGAAGUUGAAGGUGAAUGGCAAUUUGCUACGGCCAAAGACUGCAGUUCCAUGGACGAAGUGCAGCAAUUCCUGGACGACGCUGUUAAAGGGAGCUGUGAGGGGCUCAUGGUGAAAACCCUUGAAGGGGAACACGCCAGAUACGACAUCGCUAGGAGGAGCCACAAUUGGCUCAAGCUAAAGAAAGACUACCUAGAAGGCGUAGGUGACACAAUCGACGUGGUCGUCAUAGGCGGCUACCACGGGCGCGGCAAGCGGCGCGGCGUGUACGGCGGGUUCCUGCUGGCGUGCCACGACGCCGCCAGCGAGGAGUACCAGGCGCUGUGCAAGAUCGGGACUGGCUUCUCGGACGAGGACCUGCAGAGCCUCACUGAGAAGCUGCAGGAGCAUGUUGUUGACGCGCCGAGGAAUUAUUAUAGAUAUGACACGUCUCACGCUGCCGACGUGUGGUUUGCGCCAGCGUGCGUUUGGGAGAUCCGCUGCGCUGACCUGUCCUUGUCGCCUGCACAUCGCGCCGCUAUGGGGCUCGUGGACCCUGAGAGAGGCGUGUCACUGCGGUUCCCUAGGUUCAUCCGCGUACGAGAUGACAAGACACCAGAGCAGGCCACGUCAGCCCAGCAGAUUGCACAGAUGUACCUCUCACAAGACCAAGUCAAGAAUUCUACCAGCAAACCUGUCAAUUUUGAUGACUUUUACUAAAUAUUGGAAUACACUAUGAAUUAUGUCCGAAAUUAUUUGGGGUGUAAAUACAACCUUUGCGAACAUAAUAUCUUCUUAAGGUAAGUAGCCAAAUGCACAAACGCUCACGAUAGUAUCGUUAUUAGGGAUGUACCGACUAUUGAUUUGGCCGACUACCGACUAGUCGGCGCUUGGGUGGCCGAUUAGUCGGCCGACUAGUCGGCCAGAACAUAAUUUUCGAGUAAUUUAACAAAUUUUUUGAACUACAUUGGUUCUUUGUUGGCGCU